AUGCCUGUUUACGACUUCGACAAUAUCGACGAGUGGGAUGCCGCUGGAAGUCAGGGUCCUGCCAACAAAGCACCGGCGAACAUUAGGGCCCUCCGUACCAACCUUUUGCGCGUUGAAUGGCUAGACAUAUCCAUGCCUGCCGAGGACAUGUAUGUCAAGAAUCAUAUGGUCUUUUCGGCGCUCAUGGAGACGCCCAUCGUAAUUGGACGCAAGACGUAUUUUGCCGCCCGCCUCUCCAUGGAAGUGAACGACGAGGCCGACGCUAGUUACACGAUCCCGGACGUAAACGACAUCCUGAUCUGUUACGAUGACUAUGCGGCGGGCGCUUAUACCAUGAAGCUCCUCCAAUAUGCCGGACCAACCAACAGCGCUGCUCAUGUAAGGAGCUACAGUCUCAAGCAAGGGACGACUCUGGGCGAACUGGUCGAUGCCGUUGUGACCCAACGCAUGCAUAGGUUCCUGUUCUUCAGCUACACCCAAGCUGAAUUCUGGAAGGGUUGCGGUCAUCAUCUUCUUCGCGUCUAUACCCUUUAUGUCGAUCAGGGUAUCAUCUCCGAUGAGCACUCCCGUGAAGAAGCAAGCAAGGACCUCUGCCAUGAGCUGCUUACCACGUACCUGAGGGGCGACGACGGGACCACGAAGAGGGCUACCGUGAGGGUCGGGCGCGGGAGGUUCCUCAGCUGGGAUGAUACAACGCAUCGGCUCAUCGACGAAACGAUCUGGAGCUCGGCGCCUCCACGCCACGCGGAGAAGCUGAAGAAAUACGGCUUAUACUGA